CUGAGCUCUCUUCUUAGUUCUUCCCCCAUUGCUAACUGAUAAGUCGAGCUGAAUCGUCAGCAAGCAGCAGCAGCUUGAUCCUGUAGCUCUACUUGAGAUUAUUGCUGAUCCAACUGCUUAUAUGUUAAGCAAGUAGAGUAGCUUGGUUGAGCCAGUGGUGAUCGACAUAUAUAUCAAGCUCUAGCUAGCUGAUCGAUCGCCAGCCAUGGGCGACUCCUCGUCCUCAGCUUCUUACAUCAGAAUGGUUCACCACCUGAUAGAGAAGUGCAUUUGCUUCAACCUGAACAAGCAGGAGUGCAUGGAUGCCCUGGAGAAGCACGCCAACAUCAACCCUGUCGUCACUUCUACAGUGUGGAAGGAGCUGGAGAAGGAGAACAGGGAGUUCUUCGAGACGUACAACAAGGACAGGGCGGAGCGCAACAUCGAGGCGGAGACGAUGCAGCGGAUCCAGAAGAUGCUCUCCGACGCGGCGGCUUCCAAGGCCGACGACGACCAGAGCUAGCUAGCUUAGCUUAGCGACCAUGAGCUCGUUCGUUCACAUGCAUGACCAGUUCUUCACACGAUUAAGCUAGCUAGCUCUUAAUUUGUUUGAUUUGAUUUGGCGCCAUCCAUUGAGAGCACUUGCACCACAUAAUAGGGGUACGUGUGCCAGACGACAUUCGCAUGCAUGUAGCUGCAUCAAAACCAUAAACAUGUAGUUGUACUAGUGUACUACUAUUAGGAUGUACAAGAAAUCAGGACAUCAGGUAUCAUAUGUUUAGUACAUGUAAGCAUAUGUACAUACAUGAAUGCAUGUGUGGAAUAUUCAGGAUGGAGGACAUGUACGUAUGCACCCUUCGCUCUACAGGUGCAGCUGUCGCACUAUCUUUUGCUAAUCCUUCGAUGACACGUGGUGUGGUGACGUGUACUACUUAACCCAUGAGCCAGACAACCAGGGCCCCCGGCCGGGCUAGCUAGUUGGCGCCACUCUA